AUGUCUGCAACAGUCUCCCUCUCCUCCGUCUCCUCUAGUGAGAGCAUCAUCAAGCUCCCUCACCCGUACCACACCGAGUACGCAGUUCAACGCGCCUUCAACCACGACACCUUUGCCGGCAAGACCUCCGAGGGCGGUCUUCACUUCUACCGUCUCGCCCCCCUUGCCCCCACCAAGGGCACCAGGCAGGCCGCCCUCCCCGAGCGUCUUCACAGCGAGAACCUCUACUUCACAGAGCCCGCGGACCUCAAGUCCAGCGAGCUCCCUGCCGACUCCAACAACAGCGCGUGGGCUCGUGCCCGCCGCUCCCCGAGCACAGUCUUCUCCUGGGACGGUAAGACGACGCCCACACUCGCCCAGGCGUGGCUUCUCGUCUACGUCCUCUUCGUCCUGCGCCCUGCCGAGGAGCUCGUCCGCAUCGAGCUCCGGGGUGCAGGCGCCGAUACCCUUGGCCAGCGGCUACGCGACGUCAUGCUCGCCAUCGAGCACCCUAUACAGAAUGAGACGCAGAAGCCCGCCUCCACGGCGAAGCUGACCACUGUUGUCCUCCUCCGCUCCGCCUUCUGGCAGGGCGCCGGCUCCCCCUUCGGCCCCCGUCCCGUCUGGCUCCCUUCUGGGUCCCCCGCCAGCCUCGAGCGCCCUCUGUCCUCCUACCCCAUCACGCCGCUUCAGCACACCAUGACGGCCGUCGCGGCCUCGGACCCGGCGAACCCCAACCUUUACCAGCAGGCCUGGCACCCGAUACGCCCAGCCAAGCCCGCGCCUGGCGUCACAGUCUACAGCCGCUGGAUCCCGCACCUGCGCGAGACCUUCUCCAUGGUCGCGCUCGACUACAAGAACCCGGAGCACCUGCGCCUCUUCCACGAGUGGCAGAACGACCCGCGCGUGUCGCAGGGCUGGAACGAGACGGGCACGCUCGACCAGCACCGCGAGUACCUGCGCAAGAUCGACGAGGAUCCGCACCAGUUCGCCAUCCUCGCCGCGUGGGAGGACACCUUCUUUGCCUACUUUGAGGUCUACUGGGCCAAGGAGGACAAGCUGGGCGGCUACUACGACGCGCAGGACUGGGACCGCGGCCGCCACUCGCUGGUCGGCGACGUGCGCUUCCGCGGCCCGCACCGCGUGACGGCCUGGUGGUCCUCGCUGAUGCACUUCCUCUUCCUCGACGACCCGCGAACGAGCUGGGUCGUCGGCGAGCCCAAGAAGACCAACGACACGGUGCUCAUGUACGACUUCAUGCACGGCUUCGGCCUCGACAAGUUCGUCGACCUGCCGCACAAGCGCAGCGCCUUUGUGCGGUGCUCGCGCGAGCGCUUCUUCCAGCUGUGCCCGCUCGGGGACAACGAGAAAGUCGUCGGCGGCAUGCGCAUCCAGCUGGUGCCCAAGUUGUGA